AUGGAACAUUCCUCUUUCUCUCAACAACUCCAGGCGGGACCUAGUAAUACCAAAAAUUAUAACACUUUUCAAUUCCCAAUCUUCCCUCCUCUUCCCACUUUUCCCACAUCAUCAUCAUCAUCAUCAUCGGGCCCCGCCUUCCCCACUCAAUCAUCGGCACCCGGACCGUCUUCCUCCAACUCCACUGCGCCCCAGAUGUCCAUCUCUGAAAUGCCUUCUCAUUCGACCAUACCUAUGGGAAGGUUUCAGCGCAAAUCGGUGCCACAGCUGUUUCCCGAGGGCGUCUUGCCUACGGAUGGAGAAGAUUGGUGGCAAGGUCAGAAAAGGAAGAGUGCACCAUCCAUUUUUGACGAGUUCGUUCAUCCAAUGGUAAACUUGGCAACCGGUGACCGCUUCACUCAGCUGCUCGAAGCAAAACUUAAUCUUGAUCAAGCCCAGACCUCUUCCUCUUCUUCUUAUAAUUUACUCGACAACCCGCAUACGCUUUCUCAAACGCAAUCGGCUCUUCAAUCACAAGCUCAACUACAGAAUCUCACAUCUACACCCAUGCAAGAUCUUGCUCUUGAGGCUGCGCUACAAGAUUUCAGUCAAGUUCAUAUUCCACCCGAUCUUGUCGCACCUGCUUUACCGGAGGACGUAUGGAAAUGGGAUCCGAUCCAGGGUGUAUAUUCUACUGUGGGGUUCUCCAACUUUUACCAUACGCCAGCCACCACUCACGCUCCAAAGGCCGUCUUCCCUUUCGAUUUUUCCAUGGGAACAUCUUCAACAUCAGCGUCCAUUCCCCUCACCCAAUCACAACCACAAGUUCCCACUCAAUCCCAACCGCAACCUCAACUUGAACCUCAACCGGUCGUCCAAGUACCCACCCAGGCUGAUCCGACUCAAUCAGAUUCAAUCUCUAAUCAAAAUAAUCUCCCUCCUGUGUUGAAGAUCCGAGUCCACGGCCAGUCGCAAUCCUCACCUCCACUACCUUUUCCCUCUGCAUUACCUUCCGCUCAAACACGUCGAUCAGCACUUUCUUCUCGACUCAGUCCUCUAUCUGCCGGUACAUCGGCUUGCUCUGCACCUCCAGGAUCUUGGGCGUUGGAAAUGUUAAAACCAUCACAUUCGAAUGAGGAUUAUAAGAUCUGGCAACAACAGUCACAUCCACUACCAUCCUUUCAACCGGUAGAUCCACCCUCUCUACCGACAGCGCUUCCUACGCCUCCUAGGAGAUCAUCCCCUGAUCGUAAGCGCAAGAAGGCGCACAUGUCUUUACCCAUGCCCCCGUCUAAGAAUCCUGAUCAAAAGGCGGUCAUUGCAUGUCAUAUGUGUCGUGCGAGAAAGCUCAAAUGUGACGGAGGACGUCCGAAAUGUCAUCAUUGUUCACGUCGAAACGAGGAUGUUUGCGAAUACGAUGCUAUCCUUCGCCGACGUGGACCAGGGAAGAAGAACAAGAAUUCGCAUCUCGGUUCUGAAGACAAACACCGUUCACCUUCACAAUCAGACGAUAAUACGAUACAAGAUCGAGAGGGUAGUCGGCCGUCCAUCGAUAGCGCCCAGGUCAUUCCAUCCUUUCAGGUCAGUGCCCCGACACCUCAGCAAGUCUCAAUACCGUUAUCAGGGUUCAUGGUGGGGGAGGUUCCAGAAAUGGGCGUGUCUAAUCAGGAGACAAGAGGGGAAGCGGAUGAUGGAAGGAUAGGAGGUAUGCGGACUUGA